AUGUCCACGACAAGCACGACAACAUCGCCAUCGAGCUUUGGGCUCUCGGCCAGCGCGCCCCAACGCGGCCGUCGCCGCCAGCUCUCGCCCGAGCAAAAGGAAAUGAGUCGCCAGCGGUCGCGUGUCUACUACGCCCAGCACAAGGCCAAGGUGCUCGCCAAGCUCAAGGCGCGCUACGAC